AUUUCCGGUGGGAGGCGGAAGUCACUCUGCUCUGUUUGUGGAGGUGACCGAAUGGCAAUUUGUAAAGUAAUUUUGGAACUAUACAAUUAAAUUAUUGUUUAAGACAUUUAUUUUAGUGGGCAUCCUAAAGGCGACGCUGCAGUCAUGGGUGCGCACUUGGCCCGACGUUAUAUCACCGAGACGGACACAGAGCCAGAUCCUGCCAAGAAAUACGAGUUUGACCCGAUUUAUGGCUUUCCCGAGAGAAAAGAAAGAGACAUGAUCGCGACCCAGGAGCAGAUGAACCUGGCCCAGCUGCCUCUGGAGCAGCGGGACUACUGCGCCCAUUACCUCCUGAAACUCAUGAAGUGCAAAAGGGACAACUGGCCCAACUUCCUCGCCUGUAAACAUGAGAGGCACGACUGGGACUACUGUGAACACCAAGAUUAUGUGAUGCGCAUGAAGGAGUAUGAGAGAGAAAGGAGGCUCCAAAUGAGGAAGAAGAGAAUAGAGGCUCAGGCUGAAGCUGCGUAACUAAAACUGUACCUGUUCUCUGUAAAUACACAAAACUGUUUAAAAUAAAUAAAUGUUUAAG